AUGGCUCUGCCCACAGAAGGCGUGACGGCGCAGCACCUGCAAAGCAGUGGGGACCUCAUCGCGAAGGAGACGCCUGGAGAUAGCAUCAGCUGUCUGGCAUGGUCUCCGAGCCAAGACGUCGUUGCGGCGGGAUGCUGGGACCGGAGCGUCUAUCUGUGGGAGGUCCUGCAGGGUGGCGGCGAGGUGGUCGGCCGAGCCGCUUUUUCGAGGGAGGCUCCAGUCCUAUCCUGUGCUUUCAGCCGCGACGGAACGCACAUCGUAACCGGAGGCUGUGAUCACAAGGUGAUGGUGCGAGAUGUGCAGUCACAGAAGGACAUAGAACUGGGCUCACAUGCGGCUCCAGUGAGGUAUGUCUCGACCUUAGCUGAUGAAAAUCUCGUCGUCUCGGGCAGCUGGGACAAGACUCUCCGCUUCUGGAGCCCGCAGCAGCCGCAGCCUGUGAACACCGUGCAGCUUCCAGAUCGUGUGUUCGCGAUGGAUGUGAAGCCUCCCCUGAUUGUUGUAGCUCUUGCUGAUAGACAGAUGCUCACCUUCGACUUAAGCCAGGGUGCCUCAUCCCUUCGGACACCGAGUACUUCCAUGUACAGUGCUUUGAAGAUGCAGACGCGGGCGGUCUGCUGCUUUCCCAGCCGGGCCGGCUAUGCAGCCGGUGGCAUUGAGGGGCGUUGCUCUGUCAAGAACUUGCAGGAUAGCUCCAAGACUUUCUCCUUCAAGUGCCACCAAUGCCCGACCUCUGCCGGAAGUGUAAACGGUUUGGACUUCCAUCCUGUAAACACCACCACACUGGUCACGGCUGGCAGUGAUGGAUCGUUCAUCUUCUGGGAGACGGCGCAGAAGAAGUGCCUCAAGCGCUGUGAUGCCAGCAAGAUGUCCAUCAGCGCCUGCCGCUUCAAUGCUUCCGGGAGCCUCUUGGCCUACGCGGUGUCCUACGACUGGAGCAAGGGCUGCGAGGGCUUUCAUGACCAGCUGCCCAGACAGCUCGUCAUCCACCGAUGCAAGUGA